AAACAAAUUCUACCAAAACUAUUAUAGACAAACAAGAGAGAGAAGAAAAAGAUUAUUACUAUUUCUUUAUUAAAUUUGCCUCAUCAGUUUUUUGUUUAAUUUUCUGAAAAAGGGAGAAAAGUAGAUUGAAGUUCAUGUCGAUCUCAGCUUCUUAUCUCAGAUUAUGCUUCACUUCUCGUCACUACGUAUCGUCUUCUCCAGCAAAUCAAACUCCUAAGUUCUCUAAAAGUAACAGAUCAUCCGCAAAACAUGUUCAUAUCAGUUCCAAUCUGCAAUAUAAUGCAGUUUCCAGACCCCAUACACAAGAAUACAAAGAGGUAUUGCAAAAGGGUAGUUUGCCGGUUAUCAAGUGGGACGACACCGUGGAGGAAGAAACACUUGAGGUAUACGACGUUGACCCAGCCAAAAAGAUUAAAGAACAAAUCGAUGCUGUCCGAUUAAUGCUGCGAUCUAUGGACGAUGGAGAAAUAAGUAUAUCAGCUUAUGAUACAGCUUGGGUUGCUCUAGUAAAAGAUGUAAACGGAACAAGUGAAAGUCCUCAGUUCCCUUCAAGUCUUGAAUGGAUUGCAAACAAUCAGUUGGCUGAUGGUUCUUGGGGUGACAGCUCUAUUUUUUUGGUUUAUGACCGUGUCAUCAACACUUUGGCCUGUGUUAUUGCCUUGAAAUCAUGGAAUGUUGAUUCUCACAAGUGUGAAUCAGGAAUGUCGUUUAUAAGAGAGAAUUUGAGCAGGAUUGGAGAUGAAAAUGCAGAGCACAUGCCUAUCGGAUUUGAGGUGGCAUUUCCUUCACUUAUUGAGAUUGGCAAAAAAUUAGGCUUAGAUUUUCCUUAUGAUUCUCCCGUCUUGCAAGAGAUCUAUGCCAGAAGAACACUAAAGCUGACAAGGAUACCAAAGGACAUAAUGCACAAAGUGCCCACAACGUUACUCCACAGUUUAGAAGGAAUGCCAAAUUUGGACUGGCAAAAGUUACUUCAAUUGCAAUGUGCUGAUGGGUCAUUUCUGUUUUCUCCAUCUUCCACUGCCUUUGCACUUAUGCAAACUCAAGAUAAUAAUUGCCUCACUUAUCUCGCAAAUGUUGUUAAAAAAUUCAACGGCGGAGUUCCAAAUGUCUAUCCUGUGGACUUAUUUGAGCAUAUUUGGAUCGUUGACCGGUUGGAAAGACUUGGCAUUUCUCGUUAUUUUAAGACAGAAAUAAAGGAAUGUAUUGAUUACGUCAACAGAUAUUGGACAAAUGAAGGAAUCUGCUGGGCUAGAAAUUCCCCAGUUCAAGAUAUUGAUGACACGUCCAUGGCUUUUAGACUUUUAAGAUUGCAUGGCUACGUGGUUUCUGCUGACGUAUUCAAACAUUUUGAGAACAGGGGUGAAUUUUUCUGCUUCGUGGGACAAUCGAACCAGGCUGUGACAGGAAUGUAUAAUCUUUACAGGGCUUCUCAGCUAAUGUUUCCAGGCGAGAAAAUACUUGAAAAUGCCAAGAAAUUCUCCUCUAAUUUUCUACGAGAAAAACGAGCUAAAAAUGAACUGCUAGACAAGUGGAUCAUCACAAAAGACCUACCUGGAGAGGUGGGAUAUGCAUUAGAUGUACCAUGGUAUGCUAGCCUGCCCCGAGUAGAAACAAGAUUCUUUCUAGAACAAUAUGGUGGUGAAGACGAUGUGUGGAUUGGCAAAACAUUAUAUAGGAUGCCAUUUGUUAACAAUAACCUAUAUCUGGAGCUAGCAAAAUCGGACUAUAGCAAUUGCCAAGCUUUGCAUCAGCUCGAGUGGAGACGAAUUCGCAAGUGGUAUAAAGAAUGUGGGCUAGGAGAAUUUGGAGUGAGCGAAAGAAGCUUGAUGUUGACGUACUAUUUAGCCACAUCUAGUAUAUUUGAACCAGAAAGGUCAAGAGAGCGAAUGGUUUGGGUCAAAACUGCUGUUCUUAUGGACUGUGUUAGAUGUUACUUUAGCAAGAAACAAAUAUCUGCUGAACACAAGACUGCCUUUAUUCACGAAUUCACACAUUCCACCACUCGACACUACAUGAAUUCUAGGUAUAGUGCAGAACAAAAGCUCGUCGCGAUUAUACUCGGAACCCUAAACCAACUCUCACUGGACGCUUUGCUGACACACCGCAGAGACAUCCAUCAGCACCUGCGUCAUGCUUGGGAAAAGUGGCUGCUGACAAUAGGAUGGGGAUGUGGAGUUGUCGAGGGAGAAGGAGCUGCUGGACUAAUAAUUUGUACGUUAAAUUCAUGCACUGGCCGUUGGGUGUCGGCGGAGCUAUUGUUGUCCCAUCCAAAAUAUCAAAGGCUAAUGGAAAUCACCAAUAGAGUUUGUCACCGACUUCGUCUCUUUCACCUCUACAAGGGACAAAAUGCAGACAGCCAAAGAAUAGAAAAGCAGCUGGGGAUGUUGACGUUUAGUGAGAUAGAAUCAGACAUGCAACAACUAGCGGAGCUCGUGCUAUCCCAAUCCGAUUGUUCAGAUGACGAUCUGGAUGCCAAUAUUAAAGACACUUUUCUUACUAUUGCCAAAAGUUUUUACUAUACAGCUCAUUGUGAUACAAGAACUAUCAAUUUGCACAUAGCCAAAGUGCUAUUUGAAAGAGUACUUUAAUAUUCAUCUCCUGUA